UGUUGUUCGCAAAGACUUGUGGGUAACGUAGAGCCAGAGCGCAGCACGAGACAGCUGACGGUAAACGCUGUUCCGCUACUUCUCAUUAGCCAAUGUUUAUGUUGGGCCCACUUGAUGUGAGGAUGCUCCUCGAUAAGUGUUGUUCGGAAGAGUAACGAGCCGGCGGCGCUGUGACCUUAAUGCGCAACAUGAGCAUCAGCGAGCAUUCCUUGCAAGCUCUGUCCUGGAGGAAGCUCUACCUGAGCCGGGCCAAACUCAAAGCUUCCAGCCGGACCUCGGCUCUGCUCUCCGGCUUCGCUAUGGUGGCCAUGGUGGAAGUGCAGCUGGACAACAGCUACCCGUACCCUCCCGCCCUGCUGAUCGCCUUCAGCGCGUGCACCACCGUGCUGGUGGCCGUGCAUCUUUUCGCCCUGAUGGUCAGCACCUGCAUCCUGCCCAACAUCGAGGCGGUCAGCAACGUGCACAACAUCAACUCGGUGAGCGAGUCGCCGCACGAGCGCAUGCACCUCCACAUUGAGCUGGCCUGGGCCUUCUCCACCGUCAUCGGCACGCUCCUCUUCCUGGCCGAGGUGGUGCUCCUCUGCUGGGUCAAGUUCCUGCCCGUCAAGCCGAGCAAGCCGGGCAACGACACGGUGUCGGCCGGCGUGGCCGCCGCCAUCACCUCCACGUCCAUCAUGGUCCCCUUCGGCUUGGUGUUCAUCGUCUUCGCCGUGCAUUUCUACCGCUCGCUGGUCAGCCACAAGACGGACCGGCAGUUCCAGGAGCUGGAGGAGCUCUCCAACCUCACCAGGCUGCAGAACCAGCUGGACAAUCGAGGCGAGUCCAUUUUACAUUCGCCCAGCUCGCAUUUCCCGUAAGAUGUGCGUGAGUGAGGGAACUGCCAGCUAAAUAGGACACGGAUUUAGGAUUUCGAGACU